CCUAAAGGCUAAACCCCUACUAAAUCAAACCGAUUGCAAUGGCGCGGAGAAAACCGAUUACUGCCAAAAAACCGGCGGAGAAGGAUGGGAAGCCGGCGGGGAAGCGGCAGAGCAACGCCGAACGGUCGGCUUACUUCGCCCGGAGAGAAGCCGCUAAGGUGCUGCGCAGCGCGCUCCAGGGCGAUGCUCGGCGGCGAGCCAUUGGCUCAAUUAAAUCGCUCGUUUACGGCCCCUCCGUUAGGAACAAGAAGGCUACAUUUGCUCUGGUUUGCGAAACUCUCAAACAUCUAUCAGUUAUUAAGGAGGUUAUGGAAGAGGCAAAUGUUGUAAGUUCCAAAUGGAAGAAGCAGAAUGAGCUAUUGUAUAUCAUCACAUAUGAUCUACUUUUUGGACAGCAAGAUUUAUUAACUGGUGACGCUGAGAAGCAUCUGAUGUCAAAGAAGGAUGCAUUGCAAUCAGCUCUAUCACGGAUUUUGAAGCGCAAGGGACUGAAAAAUGUAGCAGACUUGAUGGCUCUUGAUAAAACGUCUGAACUACAGAAACCCCGUUAUGUUCGAGUUAAUACUUUAAAGACUGACACUGAAUCUGUCAUAAGUGAAUUAAGAAAACAAUAUGUGGUCCAAGAGGAUGACACAGUCCCAGAUUUUCUGAUCCUCCCACCAGGUGCUGAUUUACACAAUCAUCCUCUAGUAAAAAAUGGAAGUGUUUUUCUGCAGGGUAAAGGAAGCUCCAUGCCUGCUGUAGCCCUUGAUCCUAAACCCGGGUGGGAGGUUAUCGAUGCUUGUGCAGCUCCUGGGAACAAAACCGUCCACCUUGCUGCUCUCAUGAAGGGCAAGGGUAAGAUCAUCGCUUGCGAACUCAACAAAGAAAGAGUCGAGCGCUUGAAGAAUAAUGUCAAACUCUCUGGCGCAACAAAUGUGAAAGUUAAGCAUGAAGACUUCUUAAACCUUGAUCCUACUGAUCCCUCACAUUCCAAGAUUCGAGCUAUACUUUUGGAUCCAUCAUGCUCUGGAUCUGGGACUGCUCUUGACAGAUUAGAUCAUCUACUUCCAUCGCAUAAUGCAGACGGGUCUGGCAAUGUCGACGCAAUGCGGCUGCGCAAACUUGCCGCUUUCCAGAAGAGGGUCCUCGAGCAUGCGUUGUCUUUCCCAGCAGUGGACAGAAUCGUUUACAGCACAUGCUCAAUACAUCAAAUUGAAAACGAAGAUGUUGUCAACUCUGUUCUGCCUCUCGCAUCUUCUUAUGGCUUCGAACUCGAGACGCCCUUUCCUCAGUGGCCUCGUCGUGGUCUCCCCACGUUUGAUGGCUCUGAACAUUUGCUGCGAACGGAUCUUGUAGAAGAUAAAGAAGGGUUUUUCAUUGCUUUAUUCGUUAGGAGAGAGAAUUUAGAAGAUCGUCGUCGAAAAAAGCAGCGCACAACUCAAAAAGGGAAACCUCUCAACUUCUUUGUUGCUAGACUUCUUAAACUGGUUUAAGUUCUCCACCACAAGGUACUAAAUUUUUCCUCAAAUUUUUUGAACUAGUAGUAUUUAUUUUUCUAUUUUUUAAUAUUAGCAUUUAUUUUUCACAUAUAUAUUUCCGUUUUCGUUCAUAUAGCCUAAAUUUAUAGAUUUUUAAUUAAAUCCACUACUAACAAUUUUGAACACAUUUUUAUUAAAAUACAAAAGUCAAUCUGAAUGACUCUCUCAUUAAAUUUUUGUUAUCUAUCUGAUCAAAUUUGUUGUUAGGAGGGUGAGUACUUUAUUGCUCCUUUUGCCUUGGUUCAUAAAUUCAAGACGAUAGAAAUUUUUUUUCUUUUUUCGAUUUUUCGCUUGAUACUCAAAUUCAAAUUGAAUAUAGCUUUUUUUUUUGGCUUUAUUGUAUCACAAGUUCCAAUUUCGUAGUAAUAAAAACACAAAAUCACUAGAAACCAAACUCAUGUUCAGGAUAUUUAGGAGGUGCCCAGUACAUAGAUUAGCCAAAAAGAAAAAAAAACACAAA